AUGAAGUGUGUGUGUGUGUGUUUUUUUUGUCAUAUUAUUUUGUUUGGUGAGGAUUGAGGAAUGGGAGAGUAUUUAAGAAUCUAUUCGACUCAAAACCCAACUCAAUUCAAUAUUCAUUAUUCAUCAUCGGGUAUCUGAAACUGAAAGCUCCAUUCAAAUUUUGAACGCAUCGCUUUGAUUCCCCAUGCUAACUCCUUAUUUCGCGCCUCCCUCUCUCUCCCAUUUCCCCGUUUGACCACCUCGGCGUCGCCAAACCCUCCUUUGACCACCACCCACCACUACUAGUACUGCCUCCAUCAUUUCUUCUUUCAGUCAUUUUAUCAAACAGUUGGUGCCCUACCUUUCUAGACUCUGCUAUGAGCAAAGACGCUAAAAACAGCCCUAAUAAUGGUUCAGCUAAGUCACCCGAUCUGAGUUUCCAAGAUCUUAGCAUUAAUUCCAGUCCUAGGACUGAUUUGAGCAUUAGCACCGUUAGCGGCUCCAAUAAUUGCUCCACCUGUAAAGCUAGUGAUAUCGGCGUCGAGGAGAAAGACGUCAUACAUCUAAAUGAAGAAUGUGAGGGAAGUGAGAAGACUAGUCUGAGUUCUUCCAGCUUUUCUUAUAGCGUAGUAGAUCCGAAUGAAGCUCGAGUUAAGACGUUUUGCCCUUCCAAGCCGCAUAAAGCGAAUGAUAUCCGGUGGGAUGCUAUUCAGUCUGUGAAGGCGAAAGACGGUGGCGAAUUGAGCUUAUCUCAUUUUAGGCUUUUGAAGAAGCUCGGAUUUGGGGAUAUUGGAAGUGUGUAUCUGGCGGAGUUAAGAGGCAUGGGUUGUUUGUUUGCUGUGAAGGUUAUGGAUAAAGGAAUGCUCGUUGGUCGGAAGAAAUUGAUUCGAGCUCAAACGGAAAGGGAGAUCUUAAGCUUACUGGAUCAUCCUUUUCUUCCUACUCUCUAUUCUCAUUUCGAAACGGAAAAACUCUCGUGUCUGCUAAUGGAGUUUUGCAGCGGCGGCGAUCUUCAUAUUCUCCGCCAACGUCAGCCCGGGAAACAUUUCUCAGAACAAGCAGCCAGAUUCUAUGCUUCCGAAGUGUUGCUUUCUUUAGAGUAUCUUCACAUGAUGGGUGUAGUCUACAGAGAUCUAAAACCCGAAAACGUUCUUGUUAGAGAAGAUGGACACAUCAUGUUAUCAGAUUUCGAUCUCUCAUUAAGGUGUUGUGUUAGCCCUAGAUUAGUGAAAUCCACAAACGAACCCUCUUGCACUGCAACCUCAUACUGUAUCAAUCAAUCAUGUAUCGACCCCUCUUGUACACUACCUGGGCCCACCUGCUUCCAACCUACUUCUUGCUUCAAACCUCGUCUCUUCAAUUCCUCAAAAACAUCAAAACCCAAAUCAGAUAAACAUAAACCUAACAACAUAUCCCUAGAUUCACGUCCUGUUCUUGUUGUAGAACCUACAUCUGCAAGAUCCAUGUCAUUUGUUGGGACCCAUGAGUAUUUAGCACCUGAAAUCAUUAGAGGUGAUGGCCAUGGUAGUGCUGUUGAUUGGUGGACUUUUGGUAUAUUCUUAUACGAAUUGCUUCAUGGGAAAACACCAUUUAAAGGAAAUGGAAAUCGUGAGACAUUGUUUAAUGUUGUUGGGCAAUCCUUAAAGUUUCCAGAAGGAUCAAACAUUAGUUUUGCUGCAAAAGAUUUGAUCCGAGGUCUUCUUGUUAAAGAUCCACAAAAGAGAUUAGGGUAUAAACGAGGUGCAACCGAAAUAAAACAACACCCGUUUUUCGAAUCCAUCAAUUGGGCACUUAUUCGGGGGAUUUCACCUCCAGAGAUUCCAAAACCGGUUGACCUUUCGUUCUUGAGUCAGAGUCAAAGUCAAUCGGUCAAGUCAACGGCUCAUCAAAAUGACAAGAAAGCCUCUGAUUCGGAUCGAUCAUCGGGUCCUUAUUUAGACUUUGAAUUCUUUUAGUUGUAGUUUUAGUGAUAGAAAAAUGUUGCUAAUUUAAUUAUCUCAUCUCAUCUCAUAUGUGUUCACUUUCUCAAUGAAAAUUUUGCUUCUUUUUGUUGUUA